AUGUUCAAGGCUCUUCUGGGUGUCUCUGCUCUUGUUCUCGCUGUUUCCUGCUUCCCACCAGGAUGGCCAACCGCUGAGGAAGUGAAAUCCGAGAUGCAGGCCACUGGAAUGUCUUCUCAAGCCGCUGACGGUGUCAUCAAGAUUGCAGUCGACUUCGACCCAAAAAAAACGUCUGAAGGAGAAAAGAUUCGUGAGGCCGCUCGUGCCACAUUCCAUAAGUUCAUGGAUCAAGUCGACGCCUACAUGAAGACUCAAUCCCAGGCAGAUCAAACCGCCUAUGAGGCAUUCAAAGCUGAGAAGAAAGCUGACUUUGAUGCUCGUCUCGCUGAGAAGAAACUUGGACGGCAAUGA